AUGAAGAAUUUGAAUGAGCGAAAACGUCAUUGGCAAUCUCAAAAUCCCAACUAUGUUCCUCCAAAGAAAGAAUCAAGUGGUAAAGGAAAGGAAAAACUGAAAGGACAAGAAAAUUUAAUCCCAAAUGCUUAUUAUUCCAAAUCUCAGAACCGAAAGUCAAGUAUCGGUCCCCAAACCGGCUCUCUGAACCGAAAGUCAAGUUUCAGUCCCCAAACCGGCUCUCAGAACCGAAAGUCAAUCUUCGGUCCCAAGUCCAGUUUCGGUCCUUCCAGUAUAUCAAAUUUAGUAAAGGAUGUCAAAGGAAAGGGAAAGCUCAAUUCUGAGAUUCAUAAUAAGAAAAAGUCAGCUAACCCUAAGAUUCAAAAGAAAACACCAAAACCAUUUAACAACACACCAACUAAUACACCAAAGAUUAAACAAGAUAAAAUUAAAAUCAAGGUGAUACGUGACGAGCAGUUUGAUGAUGAAUGGUAUAUAGAUAGUGGAUGGUCGCUUCACAUGACAGGAAGGAAAGAAGAGCAGAGGGAGUUUGGGUCCCUAAAGGAUGGUGGAUCUAUGAAGUAUGGCAAUAACUCGUAUGGAACAAUCAAAGGAUAUGGGAUGAGAACCAACGGAGACUUCUCAAUUCGGAAAGUUGCGUAUGUGGAAGGAUUGCAGCAUAAUCUCAUCAAUGCAUCACAACUAGUUGUGGGCACAUGUUUGAAGAAAUUAGAUGAUACUCCCAAGUUGAAGAUGUUUAUCAAGCAAGUUGAAGUGCAGCUGAGAAAGACAGUGAGGAUUAUCAGAAGCGACAAUGGGCUGGAAUUCAAAAAUAAAGAAUUUGAGGACUUUCUAGAUGUCUAG